AUGCAGUCACUUCGAGUGGAAAGCACACUACGCAUUGACACUUUAUCUUGGAUUUUUACAGAGCUUCAUAUGGGAAUUAUUUUUGUGCCACUGUAAGAGUUCGCCACAACGUUCAAGAUUCUGAUUGUUCAUCAUGGCAACGGGUGGCACUCCAUUUGAAGAUGGCACAGAUGAGCAGGAGAUGCAAAACUGGACCAUCUCCAAUGGAAGCUUGGAUGAUAGACUCAACAAUAUGGAUUGGGGAGUGCAGCAGAAGAAGGCCAACCGCUCAUCUGAGAAGAACAGAAAGAAGUUCUCUGCUAUGUCAGAGAGCAGGCUAACUAAUGACAUUUCUCCAGAGUCUACCCCUGGAGCAGGGCGACGGAGAGCACGUACACCCCAUUCUUUUCCUCAUGUCAAAUACAGCACUCAGAUGUCUGUGCCUGACCAGGCUGAGCUUGACAGACUCCGGCAGGUCAUAAACUUCACUGAUUUGGAUGAGAGAAGUAUUGGCAGUGAUUCUCAAGGCCGUGUAACUGCAGCCAACAAUCAAAGACAGCUGUCUACUGAGGCCAAGAAACCUUUCAACUUUCUGCCAAUUCACCUCAACACUAACAAAAGCAAAGAGCCCACUGCGUCCACCUCUUCCACACCUGGGGGCAAGGAACACAAGAAACAGAGUCCUGGGAAAGAGCUGUUUGCCCCAGUUCCAGCAGUAGUUAAAGAACCUUUUAGUCUGGACGGUGCCCAGAGGUUGGGAUUGGAGGAUGGGAGGGGAGAGCUUUCCAUUGACAGCAGUCAGAUUGUCAGUAAACUGGUGCAAAUUCGUGAAUACAUCGGCAAGGCCACAUCCAUGAGAGACGACCUGGUGGAAAAGAACGAUGUGCCUGCAAACGUGGAACGUCUGUCUCUCCUCAUCACUCACUUGAAAGAGCAGGAGAAAUCUUACCUGCGUUUUCUUCAAAAGAUGCUGGUCAAAAAUCCAUCCAGAGAGCAGAAAGAAGAGCUAGAAAACAUGCGAAAGCAGCAUGACUUGCUAAAAAAGAUGCUGGAACAGCAGGAACAACUCCGAGCACUACAAGGCCGUCAAGCUGCACUACUGGCCAUGCAGCAAAGUGCUGAACUAGCCAUAGCAGUGAUGGAUGACACUGUUGUUACAGAGACUACUGGAAGUGUGUCUGGCAGGAGCAUUACUUCAGAGCUCAAUGAUGAACUCAAUGAUCUUAUCCAGCGCUUUCAUAACCAGCUACACGAUUCUCAGUCUCAGGUGGUUCCAGACAACCGACGGCAGGCAGAAUGCCUCUCUCUUUCAAGAGAGGUGUGCCGCUCACGCACUACCCAUAAUUCCCGGGGUCAGUUACCUUCCUCUGCCCCAUUAACUACUGCAUCAACCUCAGCCAGCGCAAAACUUUCUAAACUACAGGAGCUACAGGACAAAAAGCAGACCAUGGACAAGAUCCUCCAAGAACUCCAUUCACUUAGAGACCAGACCCUCAACAACAGUUCCUGUAAGCCUCCCUUCCUCACACAGCGCAUUGUCAGCCAGCGUAGUGCACGUGUAGGCAUGUCAGAGCGUCCUUCAGUUUUGGGUAGAGAGGGAAAUGGGCCACGUCCAGUGAGGCAGGGCUCAUCCACUUACACGCAGAUUGAUGAUAACAGCCACUCUGCUGACAAACUCAGGAAGCUGAAGGAGGUGCACAAGCGAUUGAAUGAGCUAAGAGAGUUGGUUCAGUAUUAUGAACAGACAUCAGAUAUGGUGGUGGAUACUGUAAAUGAGAAUGUGAAGGAGGAGGAUGAGGAAACUGAGGACGGUUCACUUUUUGAGGCCAUGUUUGAUUCAGAGCAGGAGAACCACGAACCAGUUACCAACAUCAGAAAUCCAGCCCAACCACAGACUCCAAGUAACUGGAUGGACAUGAACAGUUUGACAAAGACUCGUAGUGCCUCCAAUAAUAGAGAUGGCCGCCUGAACACAGAAUGUGAAAUCAAUAAUCGCUCAGCAGCCAACCUACGCAGUCUCAACAUCCCUUCAGUCAUAGAAUGUCAGCACAACCGAGACAGGCCUUACGUUGGAGUUAAAGAUGAGGAUGAUGAGGAGGUGCUGGAGGAUGACGAUGGAGCUAGAGGAGGAGGAGGAGGAGGAGGUAGAGACAGUGAUGGUUCGGGAUCCAGUCAUAGGAGCAGUCUGGGCGGUGAUGCAGAGUAUGCUCAGAAAGUUCACCGUCUUCAAACAGCCAAACAGAAACUCAGACAACUUCAAGAACUGGUGGCUAUGGUGCAGAGCGACGAUACAGAUGGUACUACAGCUAAUGAGGAUGAGGGUUUGAAGCAACAACCCAACAAUACACGAGCAACAGCUCCCAAAGCUCAGAGAGACAUUGCCCUCUGUGAUAAGGCCAGAGAGAGAUUGUAUGAGGAGAAACUCAAGCAGCAGCAGCAUGAACUAAAGCAGCUUCAUGAAGAGAGACAGAGACUAUUGGAGAUUCAGGGGAAGAUACAGGACAUACAGUGGGCUUGCCCUGAUCUUCAGUCAUCUGUGAGCAGUAGUGCCAGUGGUCAAAUGAGCAGGAAGAUUCCUGCAGCAGCCUCUACUCCUGCUCCUGUUCCAUUACAAUCUUCUUCCUCAGCUAAAGCCAACACUAGUGGCCUCAAACCCACAACUGAACCUCCUCCAGUCACCGUCACUGACAAUGAGCUGUGGACAGAGAUGCGAAGGCACCAGAUGUUGCGUGAGGAGUUGAGACAGAGACGGAAACAAUUGGAGAGUCUGAUGGCAGAGCAGCAGAGGAGAAGCACACUCCCUGACUCUCCAUUCAGAAGCGACACACACGAGACCCAGUCCUACAGUCGUGAUGAAAGAACGGUGGCCACAUGGGGUGGUUCUACACAGUGUCCUCUUGGUGAUGAGGAUGAUGAUUACUCCUCUGAGGUCGGAGCUGAGGAAGAUGAUGAUGAUGAUGAACGUGAUGAGGGAGAGGAGUCCAGCUCCACCGAUGAACGGCAUGCUUGCUCUACACAAAAACAACGCAACUACAACAGGAAUAACAGAGAGGGUCUGAAAGUUCUCAGGGAAGUUAACACAAGUCCUUCCCCUCGUAGAUCAAGAGGUCGUUCUCGUCAGCAGCCGCAGUCUGAGAGAGGAAGUUCCAGCAAAGCGAAGAGGCAGGAGAACCUGCGAUGGGCAGCUGAUUUGUCUCUCGCUGAAGGUGCUGCACCAGCACACUGGCAGGAGCAGAUCACACACCUCCAGAAACAACUUAACUUCAGCACUACCAUGUGCCAAACUCUGCUUCAGGAUCAGCAGACACUUUCAUACAUGCUGCAGGCUCUGCUCACUGGCCCCUGCGGUGUUGUGCCCAAUAAUGUGACCUCUCCUCAGGUCCCUCUCAUCAUGCACCAGCUAAACCAGUGUUACACACAGCUGGCUUGGCAGCAGAACAAUGUCAAUCGAUUGAAGCAGACUCUGAAUGAUCUGUUGCGGCAGCAGCAGAGCCAGUCAUCAUCUGGACAACAGCAGCAUCAAAGUGUUGCGCAUGAUCCUGCAUCUCCUUCAAUGUUCCUAAAUUACCCAUCUGUCAAUGCACUCAAUAUUCCUGGACUUCCAAAUUUCUCCCCUUUUCCAACUGUUGGAGAUUUCCAGCAGAACCAGGCUAGUUCAGAUCAACAUCAUGAUCCAAAUAUAUCCCUCAAAACGGAGUACAUGAGCUUCCCCCCUCCACUACAGAGAUCUCCACUCAAUAAUGCAGAGAAACGGUUCCAGUCUCACUCUGAUAAUCUGACUGAUGCUAAUAACUCCAGCUGGUUAAACUCCUCUCUGAAUCGUUCUAGUCAGAGGCCCAUUCUUACCUCAGACCAUCCAAGUCAGGUAGAGCAGAACUCGCUUUCCUCAUCUCCUGUCCCUCACCCUUCUACCUCCCGGGAUCGCUCUUAUAUACCUGACUCCCAGGAGUCUAUGAGCAGCCUGCCAGACAGAGCAGACCCAACCACUGUCACCAAGACCUUCAGAGCAGGACGCAAGGCUGCGGCACAGGCCAGCCUGGCAUCCAGAGACAAGACCCCCAACAUGAAGAGCCGCCGGAAGAGAGGCAGGGGACAGAAGAACACUGCUUCUGUGGACAGUGACAGUGUUUCAAGUGACUCCCAUUUUGAAAGAGAGCGCUCCAAUCAGGUCAAAUAUAAAGAGCUCAACCAGGGUCUGUUGGACAAGCUCACACAGGAAAAACUGGACAGCAAGACUAAGAACAGCAAGCCAAACGACCUCUCAUCUGCAUAUGCUUGGAGAACACCUUUUCUCUCUAACAGAAUUGCAUGCACUGAAGUCCCAGAUGUGAGCAGUGAUUUCUCACUCUUUGAGGCCUUAAGAGAAACAAUCUACUCAGAAGUGGCAACAUUGAUUUCUCAGAAUGAGUCUCGCCCUCACUUUCUCAUUGAGCUCUUCCAUGAGCUUCAACUGCUCAAUACAGACUAUCUACGCCAGAGGGCGCUUUACUCAUUGCAGGACAUUGUAACGAGACACCUUACGGAGAAGAGUGUGGCAGAUGAGCAGGCCUCCUCUUUAGGUCCAGCUGUAUGGGCAACAGGCUCCCAAUCAGAGCUCACGCCUAGUGAGAGCUUGGCUACAAGUGACAAUGAUGCAUCUGACAAGAUUGUAACUGUUAAAUCCAACUCUGUAUUGAAGAGGGUACCAGACAGAGACUCCAUGGACAAUGAGAGCCUUCUGUCUACGUCCUCCAACCUUGAACCAUUUGCUAGUGAUGACCUGGGUAACACAGUCAUUCAUUUAGAUAAGGCAUUGGCCAGGAUGAGGGAGUAUGAGCGCAUGAAGCUGAGGGCUGAAUGUAACACAGAUAACCCUGAGCACAGCUCUGCCAUUGCUGCUGCCACCGUUGCCUCACCUCAAGAAAGUCCUGUUUUGAAGGUGAUCUCUUUAAUCACUAACCAAAAACAUGUAAUGCAGAUAAUGAAUGCACAUUGUCCUCAGAUUGACACCCAACAGCUGGACCGACAGAUCAAAGCCAUCAUGACAGAGGUCAUUCCCUUCCUAAAGGAACAUGUUGGGGAGGUGUGUUCACAGAAGCUGCUUAAGGCUGUGAGACACAUGGUGCUCAACCUCACUCAGCAAAAUGACGAAAGCAAAGAGUUUGUUCGCUUCUUCCACCGGCAGCUGGAAGGCAUCCUGCAGGAUUCCCUCAGCAAGUUUGUAGGUCGGAAGUUGCAGGACUGCGGUGAGGAUCUGCUGGUGGAGAUCUCUGAGAUCCUGUUUAAUGAGCUCGCCUUCUUCAGACUGAUGCAAGAUUUAGAUCAGAACACCUCCAAAAACAAACUCAGGACCAAGAGGCGGUCGGACCACACAUCUCCUAAACACUCGCCUCACACUGAGGAGAUGAAAACACUAGAGAGAGAAAAGACGUUCUCACCAUCCUAUUUUGAUGAAGACAGAGAUCAGGAUGAGACUGAGCGGCAAGAGAUGCCUCAUGAGAGAGAAGAGGAGAAGGAGAAAGAAGCACAGAGCAGUGAAGCAUCUGAGGUUGAAGAGGAAGAAGGACUGCCACUUUCUAUAAGCCUGUCUAAAGCAGAGACAAAGGCUCUAUGCAACUACGGCAGUGGAGAAGAUGAAAAUGAAGUGGAGGAGAUGGAGGAGUUUGAGGCUGGACCUGUAGAGGUGCAAACAUCAUUACAAGCCAGCAUGGACAACACUAGUGAACACAGAGAGAGCUCUGCGUUACAAAACGAAACCCCACAGGAAACCAAAUCAGACCAAGACAGCUCAGAAAGUAGUCAGUUAAAUAGUGAACCGUCUGAUCCCAAAGUCAUUGUUCAGCCUCCAGAAGAGGGUGGAGAAGAGGAAAAAUCUGCUUCGGGAGAUGAAGAAGAGGAAAAGGAGGACAGCACUUCUGCUCCAGUCCAGGAAACUCCUCAGAGCUCCGAUUCAGCCAGUCCUGAUACAGACUCUCCAGUCAUGAUCAACACUGAUGAAGCUGGAUCUGGAAAUACCAGUCAGAGAUCGGAUGAGGAAGAUUUUGUGAAGGUGGAGGAUCUUCCUAUUCAGAUGUCUGUUCUGUGUGAGGAAGAGCUGUGUAAGAGGAUCUCAGAAGAACAGCAAAAUAACAACUUGACAGCUGAAAUUCUCAAUGGAAAUACAAGCGAGCUUACGGGAUUGGUGGGAAAUGCUCAAACACUCAAAGAGCCUGAAACCAUUGGAGCCCAGAGUGCAUGAGAAUGAUCUUUCAGUCUUACACUACAGUCCAUCUUUCAUGCAGCAUUACUGUUUAAUGAGCUUAAUACCCUAAGAAUCCUUGGAAACAACAGCUAAGCGAAUCAACCUGUCAGCAUGCGUGAUCUAACAGUUCAAGAGACGGCAAAGAAGUCUCUACACCUGUAAGUAGUUUUAUGGAGAAUGUAGAUGAUGUCUUGAAGCGGGCUCUUGUCUGUCUUUUAAGCGGUUCUGUAGUCUGUAAGUGCUUUUUUCUGUGUUUCUCUUUGUUGAGCUUCUUCAACGGCUGAGGUUUAAGGGAUGCAGAACAUUUGUGUGUUCCUACGUUUGGCAUGGUUAGGCUUUUGUUUUUGCAUUUCUCCUGUGAUUUUUGCCAAUGAAAUACAAAGAGGACAAUAGAUCUUUUGUUUCUCUGGUUCAGGACAAAAUUAAGCAGAAAUGAAAAUAACCCUAUUUAAAUAUAUUUGACAUGAACCAGACUGCACAUUGAAAACCAUUAGGGAUUCAGCAGAAUCACAUGUUAGCACUGAUGGAUUGUCCUGUCCUUUCUUAUUGCACUCUUUUAAAUGUUCUCUUGCUUUUAUUUGGAUCUUUUUUUAAGGCAUGUUGGCCAAUGCUUGGGUUCUCACCCCAUUUCACCUCGUGUAAUUCUCCAAUGUUUAGAUUGAGAUUUAAAACGAAUAAAACAUUGAUUUUUACCAUU